AUGAAAAAUAAUUAUUUUUCUUACAAGGGCCAAUAUUAUCAUCAAAUUCGUGGAGGAGCAAUGGGUUCACCACUUACAUUGACUGUUGCAAAUUGUUAUACGUUCUUUUAUGAACAGCAAAUUAUAAAACAAAUACAUAAUAGUAGUGGACUUUAUUUUAGAUAUAUUGAUGAUAUAUCUAUAGCGAUAAACUGGCCUGCUCGGCAUUUAUUUAAGCAAAUCGACAAAUGGAAUCAUUUUGAUGAAAACAUUAAAUUAUCUGAAAAUAUAGCUGUAACGGCCGAUUUUUUAGAUUUACAUAUAGAAAAUAAAAAUCGUGAAUUAUUUACAACUAUUUAUCAAAAGCCAUCGUAUGAGCCAUAUUACUUACCAUUUAAUAGCAUUCAUCCAUUACAUAUGAAGAAAAAUAUAAUCUUUACUUUGUUACUUCGAGCUCUUAGAUAUUGCUCAACUUUUCAAGAAUAUUUGAAUGAACGUGAAAGGCUACGAGUGGCAUUAUUAUUAAAUAAAUAUCCAAAUAAAUUUAUUGAUGAGCGAUUUAUUUAUGUUCUAGAAAAAUUAAAUAUUGAACAAUUUUUAACAUCUAAUAACUAUGCUCAACAUCGUCAAAAAAUUAUUGAUUCCCAAAUAAAAGAAAAAGUACCUAUAGAUUUUGGAAAAAUAGUGUUCGUACAUUUUACAUACUGUUCAAAUAUGAGGACAUUCUCAGAAGAUCGUUGGAAGAAUUCUAAAAAUGCUAUAAGUGGUCGUGGUAAUCAAGCAUAUUUAUUAGCUUCAGCUUUAAGUUAUGAUGAUUGGGUUCGAAAUAAUCAUGAAUUACAAGUUUGGCAAGCCUACCUUAAAAUGGGUACGGAACAAAAACAUUGGGUUAAAGAAGUUAUUCGACGUACAAAACAACGUGAUGAUUUAAUUAACAUUCGAUUUGUACAGAAGAAAAUUAAUCGUUUAACAACCGAUAUUGCUAGAGCAUGUGCUACUAUUUCAGAACUUCAAAUGCAGUUAUCUACAUAUUGGAUGCAAACAACUUGUGAAACUGAAAAUCAAAGAUUAGCCCAAAAAACAGCUAAUACAGUAGCUAAAAAGUUAUCAGUAGAAAAAGCACGUUCAACAGUAGCUACGGGACCUGUAGGAACAGAUAAAGAAGAUGAGUUAGCUACAGAAACUACCGAAAUAGUUCAACCUGCUGCUACCACUACUACUACUAAAAAUCAUGCUCCUGAACCAGUUGAACGUAUUGAAAAGUAUAUAUUAGAUUAUAUUCAUUUUUGUACACAACAUAUGAAAAAAUUAGCACAAUCUCGAACACGAUUAGCUAAAGUUCAAAUGGAUGAAUUUAAAGCAUUAGAAGAUUUCGAACAAAUAGCUAGCCCAGCUCAAUUGAAUAUUCAUUUAAUAUUAAAACCUAAAAUUAAGAAUUGGUCUACAAAAAAUAAAAAUUAUCAAAUUUUGGCAAAACGUGUUGAAUUAGAUUUGCCUCAAAAAAUUAUUAAAAAAGUUGAUUUUUCUUUUAAAACUGAUGAAUCAAUUAUUAGUCAAGAUGAAGCUCAAGCCACAUAUAAUCAAAUGCGUAAAAUCACGAAAGAUUUUUGCACUCAAGCUAUGACAUUAUAUCUUCAAUCAACUGCACGAGAAAAUGAAGUCUUAUCGAAUGAAAUUAAAGGUAUUCUUGAUAGACUUCCACAAGAAAAUGAUGAUGGCUUUGAUGCUGAACCUGGCUAUGCUGCUUUUAUACAUUAUCAUGAAUUACCAUGUCGAGAGCGAUACCAACAAUCCAGAACAAGAAUUAAUCGCUCCGACUAUAAUACGUUCGCUGGGCGAGGAUUUCUCGCUCCAACAAUAAUUAAUGAAGCUAAUAUUCGACUGAUUGAAGAAGAACAUGAAUUGUUAAAAUUAGGUCCAAAAUUUAUAUUUAAUGAUCCAAAAAUAGCAGCUCGACGACGUAUUACAGAGUUGGCUACUUUAAAACGUUAA